CAGUUGUUUGCAAAUUAUUGCUGUGCACCCUUAUGUAGAGGGGGAGCGAAUAAAGCUUUAGAGUCUCAACAGUUCCAGUUCUGUGAACUUAUGCCAUAAAUGACCGGUUUGUGAUGUAAAGUUAGCUUUUUAUCAGCAGCCAACUUCUGCUCCACCUUGACCUAAUUUCUGUGACAUGGAGCCAGAUGGGGAGCUUAAUCCGGACACAGACGACCUUCCUCUCAGAGCCAAUACUAACCACAUACUUGUCAGACAUUACGUAUUGGACCUAACCGUUUGUUUUGACAAGAAGAUCAUCAGUGGUAGUAUUGUUCUGUUCCUUGAGCCUUGCUCUGCUGAGAUGGCUAAAACUAAGGCUGAUAUUGGACCUGAAACUGGAGAUGGUGCAAGGCAGGAACCCAAUGAGGAAGGUACAAAGUUUGGAAGUGACACUCAGGGUUCAGAUUUAUUUCAGAGCUCCAAUGCUGAGGAUUUCACCUUAGUGCUGGACUGCUGUGACCUUGAAGUGUCAAAGGUGGAAGAGGUGGACACUGAUUCUGUAUCUGCGGCAUUGGGUUUUCCCCUGACGGCUGCAUCUGAAGAUAUUUCAGUGGACUCACAAGCAGGUUUUAUUCAGCACCUUUUCUCCAUGCCCUCUUCCCAUUGGAAGGAAAAGCAUCGGCUCUUUUCACUGUGCAGCCGGAGCCCUGGCAUCCAGAAGGGCAACUCGCUUCACUUUCACACAGAUCGCUGGAGUUUGCAGGUGAAAAAAAUGGGGGUCACAACUUCGCAGGACUUCCCCCGUAUUAUUAGGAUCUACUACAUGACAAGAACACUGGGAGGCUCAGUGAGGUGGACCAAGGACCAGGACAACAGGGAGUGUGUUUACACCGCCGGCUCUCCCAUCAACAACCGGGCCCUCUUCCCCUGCCAGGAGCCUCCUGUUGCCAUGUCAACGUGGCAGGCGAGGGUACGGGCCCCCAGUGACUGUGUGGUGUUGAUGAGCGGGGAGGAGGAGGCUGUUCCAGCGGAGGACGGGGACACACAUUUCCUCACCUGGAACUAUUACGUCACAAUGCCCAUGCCUGCGUCCACUUUCACUUUGGCUGUGGGACACUGGUGCCGGGUUCCUACAGAGACUCCUUCAGCUCUGGAAAACGAGGUUGAAGGCGGGGUGGGCUGCAGCUGCCUCAAGGCUGAGCUUGUGUCAGAACUUGCAAAGUCUCCUGGUGAAGUAGUAAGAGGCGCUCCAUGUCAGAUUGACAGCAGAGACAAGGCCACCAACUCAGACUCUGCAUUCUGUCACUCUUCCCUUGGGCAUAAGGAGCUCUCUUUAACUGAUUAUUCAGGCAUGGAAGAUGACGGCAUCUCUUGUUCCCAUGGCGACUACCCUUGUCGGUUUACUGAACGGUCUGCUUGGUCCCAGCGGGUGGUUCCACACCGUGUAUUUAGCCCUGCCUGCCUGCUCCAGAAGGCCCAGAUGGGAAUCCUCAAGCUGCUGCCUCGAUGCUUGGCUGCAGCCCAUGCUGUUCUAGGAGUUCACCCUUUUCCCCGUCUUGACGUCCUCAUCGUCCCAGCAGGGUUCUCCAGUCUUGGCAUGGCCAGGUAUUCACUUGUCUGUCUUUGAUUAGACAAAGAGAAAUGGCAGAAAUUUAACAUGAGCAGGUAGUACGCUGGUAUAUGAGGUUGAUUGUAUUGGUUUCAUUCCUACACCGUCAUUAUUUUCGAGUUAUGGAUACGAAUGAAACUGAGAAAAACUGUAUGGAAACCAGACCAGAGUUUUAUUCUUUUCCUUUCAAACCUUUGUUUCUUUCCUUCUCUCAUUUCUUGUUCCUUCAUUCCUUCUUUGCUUUCUGUUCGUAUUGCUAUCCCACCUUGUGUCUUUCGUGCCAUCCUUGUCGGACCUUUCUUCUUCGUGACCUGAAUCUUGUUUUUUGUGUUCUUCCUCUUUUCCUCUUAUCAUUCCUUCAUUGUAUGUUGCAUUCUUCCUAAGUUGCCAUUCUUUUUUGUUGAAUUUCUUCCGUGCCCCUCAUUUUUCCAUUUAUCUUUUCCUUUUUCUUUUUAAACUUGUUGCUUAACUGAUAAAACAGAAAACUGACAGAAUUUAACGAACUGUACAUUUCCUGCCAAAAGGACUGGUUAAAUAUCAGACAGAACUCAACUAAAACUAGUUAAUGCUUAUAAACAGUACAUGGCUUCUCUGUUAGGGGACUUUUACUCGUAUUACUGCAGGUGUUUAAGCCUGUAUGCAUUGUUUAUAACCCAUUGUCUACAGGAUAAAAUCUACACCAAAUUAUAAUUGGUUUAUAUAUAUAUUUUUUGUCACCUUUUAUUCAAGUUUUAUUUCACUUGUAUCCAUGUCACUGGUAAGUAAAUAGAAACUUCCAACCACCA